UUUUCUAAAAUUAUUUUCUUGUUUCCAAUUCCGAUUCCGAAGAGGGACAAAAACAAAGGAAGAAUUUCGUUGCCCAAGAAGGAACAGGAUUGGAAAGCUUGAAAAACCCGAAUAUCGGACCGUUUCGAAUGGAUUCAAAUCUUAUCCGAAUAGCAUACCCAUUUACGAUUAUACCCUCCCGUUUGAGCAAUUCUUCGACCUCUCUUCUCCUCCCAAUCCCAACCAAUUCUGGUGGUGGGAGGCUUCAGAAGCUGAGAAAUUGCAGUGCCCAGAAGAAGAACAACAACAACAAGGUGGCAUUUGACGAAGCGGCUUACGAGGCCGAGAGGCUGAGUCUCGACGCCAAGGCUCGCCAAUCAAUGGCCGAGACUUCGAGCAGGGAGAUCCAAAACGCACCCUCUGAAGACGACCCGAAAGCUUGGAAAUGGGUCAUCCGAAAGAGGAUCUGGGAUCUUAUGGAGGCCCAGAACAUCGCUCAGAACCCCCGACCCGUCCACCACCGCAUUCCCAAUUUUGUCGGUGCUUCUGCGGCUGCUGACAAUUUUGCCGGGUUGGAAGUGUUUCGGGUCGCACAGUGCGUAAAGGUUAACCCGGAUUCGCCUCAGAAGCAAGUCAGGUUUCUUACACUCUCUGAAGGGAAGCAAUUGUUAACUCCCCAGCCUAGGUUAAGGACGGGAUUCUUCUCCAUACUUCAACCUGGUACAUUAACUCCCAGUACCAUCAGAGAGGCUUGCACCUCUGUUGGAGUUGCCAAGCAUGGGCGACCGAUUGGAUUGGAUGAAAAGCUCAAGGUGGAUUUGAUAGUUAUUGGCUCAGUUGCUGUUGAUUCAAGGACUGGUGCUCGACUUGGCAAGGGUGAGGGAUUUGCUGAACUUGAAUAUGGGAUGCUGAGGUACAUGGGAGCUAUUGAUGACUCAACACCAGUUGUUACCACUGUGCAUGACUGUCAACUAGUAGAUGAUAUUCCAGUUGAAAAGCUGUUGAUCCAUGAUGUGCCAGUAGACAUCAUAUGCACUCCAACUCAGGUUAUUUAUACCAACACGUCGAUUCCGAAGCCUCAAGGAAUUUAUUGGGACAAGUUGUCUCCUGAGAAAUUGGGACAAAUACGAAUACUCAGAGAGCUGAAGAGCAGGAUUGAAAAGGAGACUGGACAGAAACUUCCAUCUGGUCCAUCUGAGAAACUUCCUCCAACGGCACAACGAAGACGGUAGCAUUUUUUUAUAUCUAAAAAGAAGCGAGAAGGAGAAACCAAAAAUGACUGGAAAAAGAUCAUUCAGAUUUUAUGUUUGGCCACUAGUUAUUUGUCAAUGUUGGCCACUCUUUUGAUUGUACUUUCAGUUGUAUACUUAGAUUUGUAUAUGCAACUAUAAGUUGUAAAUUUAAAAAAUAAAAUAAAAUAAAAUACAAAAAGAAAAUUAAUUGCAAUUACGUUUAUCAAA